GAGAGAGAGAGAGAGAGAGAGGGGACGACAUAUCUCGCCCCGCCCCAAUCACCAAUCUUCUUCACCAAUCUCUCUCGUCGGAGGGGUGAUAGCCAACCGCCAGACGCGGCGGCGGCCGUCGGCAAAGGCGCGGAACCACGCGCGACGGUGGAGGUAGUCGGAAUAGAGGAGGAUCCUGGCGGUGAUCCGGUGGCUGUCGUUGCAGGGUGCAAGUCUGAGCCCUAGGAAAGAUCCUUUCUCUCCGCUGUCCGCAGGCGGGAGAUUCGUGGGGGGUCGAAAUUUGUCUGGGGGGACGAGGUGGUUUAGAGGCGCCCGCGUGAGGUAAUGCACGUCGGCCCGCCUGCCCGAGGCUCGGAUCUCGGCGCCGCCGGCAUGGCGGCGGAUGCGGAGGAGCCGAGAGUGUACGAGGCUUGGAAGGGAAGCAACAUAUUUUUCCUUCAAGGAAGAUUUAUAUUUGGUCCCGAUGUGAGAUCAUUGUUUCUCACCAUAUUCCUGAUUGUUGCACCUGUUUCAGUCUUCUGUGUGCUUGUUGCCAGAAAACUAAUGGAUGAUUUUUCUAAUACACUGGGUGUACCUGUGAUGGUGGUAGUUGUUGUGUUCACUUUGUAUGAUUUAACUCUUCUACUUCUUACCUCUGGUAGAGAUCCGGGUAUAGUGCCUCGUAAUGCACAUCCUCCAGAACCUGAAAUUUAUGAGGGCAAUAAUGAAGUUGGAGGUGUCCAAACUCCACAAUUACGGUUGCCCCGAACAAAGGAUGUAAACGUGAAUGGGGUUACUGUAAAGGUGAAAUACUGUGACACUUGCAUGCUUUAUCGGCCUCCUCGUUGCUCGCACUGCUCAAUCUGCAAUAACUGUGUGGAACGUUUUGACCAUCACUGUCCAUGGGUUGGGCAAUGCAUUGGGCUUCGGAACUAUCGAUUCUUCUAUAUGUUUGUCUUCUCAACGACUUUGCUAUGCCUCUAUGUCUUUGGAUUUUGCUGGGUUUGUAUAGUGAAAAUAAAAAAUGCUGAACAAAUAUCUAUUUGGAGAGCAAUGACCAAGACUCCAGCUUCCAUUGUUCUCAUAAUCUACACUUUUAUAUCAGUUUGGUUUGUCGGAGGCCUCUCUAUCUUCCAUUUAUAUCUAAUGAGCACCAACCAGACAACUUAUGAAAACUUCAGAUACCGUUACGAUCGGAGAGCUAACCCAUAUAACAGAGGAGUGGUGGAGAAUUUCAAAGAGAUCUUUUUUACAAGCAUCGCUCCGUCAAAGAACAAAUUCCGGGCAAGGGUGCCACGAGAACAAGGAUUUCAACCACGUUCAUCAGGUGGAGGUUUUAUGAGUCCAAACAUGGGCAAAGCAGUGGGUGACAUAGAGAUGGGUAGAAAGCCUGUGACAUGGGAUGAAUUAAGAGCAGUCACACAGGUUGGUGAUCUGGAAGAAGGUCUAAGCAAUAGAAACAUAGCGGAUGACAAGGAUGGUGAGCUUGGUGAAGUUUCUCCGGAUUUAAGCAGGGAGGUUCUGGCAUCGGGGAGCGUGGAAGUGCAAGCUACGACACACCAUAGGCUCUCAAGUUGGGGAAGAGGUCGGAGCUGGGAGACAACGCCUGAGGUUCAAGCUGUAGCAGCUGCGGUAGGGGAAACAAGUAGGAUGGGCAGCGGCAGUGGAAGCAGCAUCAUGGCUCCAGGAAACUUGUGAGGUGUUCAGAUAGUGGCAAGAUCUUGAAGGCAGGGAUUUUAUAGAUUUAGGAUGUGCAUUAGGAACCGUCUGGUGUUUGUUAAUGUGAUUUCUUUUGUGAGCCAUCUGGUGGGGUUGGGUAAUAUAUAUUUCGAGAUGACUGCCCUAUGCUAAUCUGGUCCUUUUGAUCUCUUCUAACUUCCUCGUUCCCUCUGUUUCUUAACUUCUGCUGCGGUAUCGUCAUCAUCUUAGUUUGACAUUUGAAGAUAUUGGUUGAGGGCUGAACCUGCUUUGCUUGGCGUGUGUAAAUAUUUGUGUUUUGUGAUUUCAGAAAACUUCUGUAUUCACUAAGUCCUACCUCGAUAAUUUUAUUAUGUUUUUAAGGGAUUUAUAUGUCAUGUGUCUCUUUAUGUUGUUAUUUCCUCAAAUGGGAUGAUUACAGAAACACUGAUGAACUAUCUUAUUAGAA